UGUAUAAUAGGGCAACCAGUGGCACGGAGCGCAUGCUGGUGUUGUGCCUCCCCUCAUGUCCCAAUAUAGCAAUAACAGCAGAAGGCGGCCGUGCAUUGACAAGUCGAGAGCCUUUUACUGUUCUUAUAACUCUAGCGCUCACCAAAGUAAACACUGAUAAAUUGUAAUGUUCCAUCAGCCUGUUAAAAAUGGGCUUGUUUUUAUAUAUCGCUGGAUCUGCCAUCCCCACCGAGGCCAGUGUCAAUGAGGUACUUCACUGUGAGGGGGUGAAUAAUAAAAGCUACGUGUGUGAGACGGGACACUGUUGUGGAGAGUCCCAGUGCUGUAGCUACUACUAUGAAAUUUGGUGGUUCUGGCUGGUAUGGGCCAUCAUCUUCAUCCUGAGCUGCUGCUGCGUGUGUCAUCACCGUCGCACCAAACACAGACUACAACAGCAACAACGACAGCACGAGAUCAACCUCAUUGCCUACAGAGAGGUUCACAACAACACCUCUAUCCCCUUCUACUUCAGAUUCCUACCCAAUUAUCUCCUUCCAGAAUAUGAGGAAGCGGUACAUCGUCCUGCUACGCCCCCUCCCCCAUAUACUGCCUUAAACACUGGACCUCCAGCCUACACCUGCCCCUUAACCACUGACCAGCAGGAUACGCACUGCCCACCCAGACAGAUCACUCCAGUGCCCCCUGCAUCCGACACGCUCUGUUCCAGACCCAGCCUAGAAGAGAUCCAUACCUCCAGCGGGUACCACCACAAAGGCGACAGCAAGAGCGAGUUCGAGCGAAGCAGGUCCACGCAAAGUGCCCUUCCCUUAGAUCAGCCUCCCAGCGUGGACAAACAGAACGAGUGCAGGAAGGAGAUGCUCAGGAAUGUGGUGAUGCCUGAUCAUGAGAACGAGAGGAUUCUGGCAAGGCACCGCAGAUUUACACGGGACUCUGAGAGUGAAGUGUGCGUUUGUGGGCGAGGCUUGAAAAGCCAUGAACCCAAAGAAUUGGAGAGGCUUUUGAGCGAGGAGGACCAAGGGGACUCUGAGGAUUUCUGUGAGGAAUGUGGCCUCCAUUCCUUCGAAGAGGAAAAUCAGGGCCGUCUAUCCCCAGAAAACAGAGUGGAGUGUGGAGCAUCUCCACUCGCCCAAACUAAACCUAUUUGCCUUUACUGGCAUACUAUUAAUGAACAAGAGGGUCCACACAAUAACACACAAUCUUAAAGCUGAAUACUAAUUUAGAAAAAGCUGUAUGAGAUGGUGAACAAAGAAGUGAGAACAAUUAGAUGUUAUCCGCAGCUGUGUUUUAUGUACAAAGCAUCUAUUUAUGCAGUUAAAAGCCCAAAAAGUGCACAAGGAUGGGCUCUACUUGCUCCACGAGAGAACGUACCACAUGUGCAGCUGUAAUUGUGCUCUCAAAAUGGUCGGAGCAAGAUGCCGUUGUGCCUUUUCUACACAAAAAUACAGCAAAAUGGCGAACAAAGAAUGCACAUUUUGCUGUAAACUAAAUCAUAAUUGCACAAUACUUUUGUACAUGCAACAUAGCUAGUUUUAGUUUUUCUCACUGACACGCCCCCAACUCAAUUUUGAGCUCAAAGAAAAUCCAACUUCCCACUUUGUACUUGCGUGCAUAUAAUAAGCGCAAAAAAGGGGGCGAAAAAGUUCCCUGCACAGAAUCUGCUGUGGUCAUGUGAAUUCGCUGUGUUGGUUUUAAAGUGACUUCACACAUCACUACACUAUUGACAAUGGACCAUUUUUUUUUUGCAGUCUUAGGAUUGAGAGGCUAAAUGCGCAAACACUGGUGUGCUGAACUAUCAGUUUGUCAGGACAGUCAGUCAGAGAGAAAUGUAAAUACUGACAGGCCCCUGUCGACUUUCCCUAAUAUAAUGGGACACAUUUUAAUGGUGUUUAUUAAGUUUUUGUUUUGCACAAUCACAUUGUUCUGAAUGAAUUAUAUUGAAUUCAUUUUAAACACAAAGUAUUUACAUACUACAGUCUUAAUUCACAUAUUGUCUGUGUUGCUGCUGUAAGCUCUGAUGAAUGUGUAUUCAGAACAAGUUUGAUUCGUAAAUCUAAGCUUUCAUAGCCAAAGUAGGCUAUAUCAUGGGACAAUUAUUAGCAUUGGAGCCUGAAAGUGCUGCAUUGUUUCUUGCCAUAAUUUUCUGAUUGCAUGUUGAGGGUUGAACCUGUAGGGAUAAAAUCCUUGCCGAAAGAAGUUGUCUUGCAGUAUAGCUGUUUAUCCAUUGAUGUAAGCUACAAAGUACAAUAAACUAUUUUCUCAGUGAUACCUAAUUAAGUAAGCUCCAAAGAAAGAAACAUUUUGAUAUUUUUUAAAAUGAUAAUAUAGAUCAUUCUAUUAGUAAAACGUGUCUUGAUGAGUUUGAUGCUAUUGCCAACACACGUGGGUACGUAACGCUGUAAUUGGUGUAACAUGAAUUGCAUCUAUUCUUUUUGCACUCUGUUACAACCACUCUUAAAUGCAAUUCACGUGCCAGUUGUCCAGUAUCAUCUUGGACAUCAGCCUAAUAGAAUAGAUAUUUUUAUGUAAAUACUUUAAUUCUUGAAAGCUCAAAAUCUGUGUCAAGAAAUAUGGUAACAAUUCAAAGUGCCUUGAUUUUCUGUUCAUAUGCAAGCUAAUGAGCCAUACUUGUGUAAUUAUAAAGUGAUUUAUUUUUGUAUUUCUGCACCAAAGUAGCUUCAGUUUGACUGAAGCACUCUUAACAAAUAAUUUAUUUCACUGCCCUAAUGAAUGUUAUUAGUAUAGAGAUGUGCUGCUCUUACUGGUGUCUCUGUGAUGACAAUCUAAUGUUGAAGCUGUGCUUGGAGACAAAUACAUAUCAAUCUCUUUUUCUGAAAAUAUUAAUAAGCUGCUGAUUUUCAAAAAGUUAUAAAUACUCUGAAGCAUUGUGCAAACAUGAUAUAAUUUUGUACAGCCUACAAUUCUUAGCAUUGGUUUGAGUUCUGGCACAAUUUAUCUUGUAUCGGUCUGUCUUUUGUUAUGCAAAACACAUAAUCGAGACACUGUCUAAUAAACACAAAUCAACACAA